AUGAAUCUUGUGACUGGUUUAUGGGGGAUGAAUGUUCCGGUCCCAGGACAAGAAAGUGAAGGCUUGACAUGGUUUAUUUCUAUAUUAGCAGGAAUAAUUGUGUUUGCUAUAUCAGGUGUUAUAAUGUGUCAUAGAACUGGAAUUUGUGAAUAG